CCCUCUGUCCUACACUUCUCCAUUGGAGUAGAGGGACCACUACUAUAAACAUACCGAGAGUCCCUGCGAGAGAAGAAGACCACGUCGUUGUUGUCCGCGGUCAAGUUGGAGAUCUUUUUUUGUGAAUGUUUUUGAUGCUUUUUGUUGUCCGUGAAAAAACUCUAAAAACAAACAAAAAAAAAGAAAAACUUGGGAGUUGAAGCAGCUACAGGACUGAGUUUUGCGACUUGCCUCUGCGACUUUUUUUGCUCUGAAAGUUGCGCUCAUAUGACUCAAGAGCCUCUCGAGAUUUUGUUUUCCACAUGGGGACUUAAACUUAUUUAAAAGUUUAGAAAAAACAAACAAACAGGAAAAAACAAACAAACGAGGAUUAUCAAUUUGCUGUGAGGUUCAGCGCCGUCGAGUAAAGAGGAGUUUCUCCAGCGGGGCGCAGAAAACGGCAUGUAGCGCAGGAUCAAGGCCCAGCAGACAACAACAGAGCAGAGAGCGUGCUGGGACCUGCCCAACUCUCCCACACUCACCUUUAGGCACCUUCCAGGUGCUACAGCACCCGUUCGUCCUGCUCCUCCUCAUCGUCGUCGUCCUCCUCUCCGGACAACUUUGGGAAUGGGCCAGCACCUUGCCAGGGUGCAUCUCUCCACCCGGUGGUGUGGCUGGCGUCGUGCGAGAGUGAGGAGGGCAGCGGCCAGGUCAUAGAGCCCGCCCACCCCUCUCUCCGCUUGCUUGCUCCCAACUGACUUUUGACCUUUGACUCAGCCGUGACCUCCAGCCAGCCAUGCCCUUCCGGCUGAAGCUACGGCGCACACGGCGCUACAAUGUCCUGAGCAAGAACUACUUUGUGACACGGAUUCGCCUGCUGGACAGCAAUGUGAUUGAAUGCACUCUGUCAGUGGAGAGUACGGGACAGGAAUGUCUGGAGGCGGUGGCCCAAAGGCUGGAGCUACGGGAGACCCAUUACUUCGGGCUGUGGUUCCAAGGAAAGACCCAGGCCCCGGCCCAUCGUUGGGUGGAGCUGGAGAAACCCCUCAAGAAGCAGCUGGACAAGUUUGGCAAUGAGCCUCUGCUCUUCUUUGGAGUCAUGUUCUACGUGCCCAAUGUUUCCCGGCUGGAACAAGAAGCCACCAGGUAUCAGUAUUACCUGCAGGUGAAGAAGGAGGUGUUGGAUGGACGUCUCCACUGCACGGUAGAGCAGGGGAUCAGACUAGCUGGCCUAGCAGUACAAGCUGACUUUGGAGACUUCACUCAGUUCAUGUCUCAGGACUUCCUCAGGGAGUACGUUCUCUUUCCAGUGAACUGGCCUAAUGGAGACGAGGUGCUGGAGGAAUGGACCCAGAAAGUCGCUGAGGAACACAAGAGUCACUGUCGGAUGCAGGCUGCUGAAGCAGAGCUGCUGUACAUCAAGGAGGUGGAGAAACUGGACGGUUUUGGCCAGGAGAGCUUUCCUGCUAAGGACAACUACACCAAUGAUAUUUUCAUCGGGGUGUCCUUCAUUGGGGUGUUUGUCAAACACAGAAAUGGCAGAUCCAUCAUGCUCCACAAAUGGAAGGACAUUGGCACCAUAGCACACAACAAGUCAGCCAUCACAGUGGAGAUAACAAGCAGAGACGACACCAUCAUUUUUCACAUGGAGGAUAUGGAAAUGGCCAAGUACAUCGCUCGUCUUUUCACGGCCAGACACAAAUUCUACAAACAAAACAAGAUCUGUGCAGAGCCCACUCACUCACCUGCACCAAUCAGGAGGAGACCCACCUGGACCCCCCGCCUAUCUCUGCCGCGGCCCCAGUCCUGUAACUUCCAGUCAAUGCAUUCCCAGUAUGGAGAGCAUUAUCAGGACACACAGAGCUCUCAAGACAGUAUCUUCCAUGAUGACCCCUACUACAAGUCAGAGACCAGUCUGGACCGGUGCCAGGUGGACUUUCCCUUCCGAAACGGUACCGUGCCCAAUGGAAGCAUGUACAGCAGCCCCAGCCUGAGCUCCCUCAAUCAUUCCCAGACUUUCGUCCCGCCCUCGCCCAUGUCCUCCAACCUCAGCAUCCCCGGCAGUGAGCUCAUGCGCACUGACUACAUCCCCAGCCACCGCCACAGCGCCAUCAUUGCUCCGUCCUACCGGCCCACGCCUGAGUACGAUGCUGUCAUGCGGCAGAAGCGGCGCAUGCUCCCUGCUCACCAUGACCUCCACAGCCAAUCGCUGCGCAGUCUGAACAUCAGUAAUUCGUGUGCUUACCGCCAGCCUGAGGCUCUGGUGUACAGCCAGCCAGAGAUGAGGGAGAGGGGCCCUUAUCAUGGCCUGGGGCCUAGCCCGGGAACAUAUACACCACAGAUCAGCUACAGUAAGCCAGUGUCUCAUGGUCCUCAUCAGGGAGGACCGGCCAGCAGCCAGGGCCCCUGUCAUUCACCCUGCGUUAAUGGAGGUGGAGGCAGUGGCGGGGUUGGAGGUGGAGGUGUAGGAAGCUCCAUCUCUCAUACUGUCAGCACACCUGAGCUGGCGAAUACCAAACAACAGGGGACUAAUGCGGGAAGCUAUGCAGCUACAGCUAACAUGCUGAGAAACCACAUGUCUCGCCCUCCUCCACCUUACCCUUCCAGCUCCUUCCGCCCGGCCACCAGCACCCCGGACCUGGCCAGCCACCGCCACCGCUGCAUCGGGGGCAGCAGUCCAGAGCUGGUUACUCGCAUGGUGCAGCUGUCGGUCAAGACCUUCCAGCCGGACAGCUCAGCUGUUGUGCACCAGUCCCUGCAGGAGGUUAGCGAACCGUUAACUGCAGCUGCUAAGCACCGCUCCACCCUGGGCAAAAGACACAGCAUGGAGGUGAUCAGCAGCAUGAGAGGAGGCGGAGGAGGAGGGAUGGAGGGCAUUGUGAUGAAGGGCAUGAACGCUCCCCUUCACCGGAGGAAUACUCUCAGAGAACACGUGAUGCCCCCUCAGCCUCAGUCCAUUCCUCAGCCUCAGCCCCAAACCCCUCAACCACAACCCCAGCCGCAGCCUCAACCUCCACCUCAGCAGCCGCAGGAGUUGCCCAUGCAGAUACCUGCCCAGAAAGCACCUGAGGCAUCUGCAGCUCCACCUGGGCCGGUGGCCUACCAGCAUCAAAAGACUCUCUCCAAUGCUACCAUGCUCAUACACAGCAGUGAGAGUGAAGAAGAGGAGGAAGAGGAAGAUGAGAGGCCUGAGCUGGAUGUUCAAAUCCCAGGUCUCAAUGAGGACAUCAGCAUCAGUGCUCAACUCCAGGCUGCUCUAGCUAAGCUGCCCAACAAACCCCCUCCAGAGUACCCUGGUCCUCCUAGGCCUCCUAGCAAUGUUCAAAUCCGCACCCACACCCACAAUCACAACCACACUCACCACCACAACCAUAAUCAAGGACCCCAGAGCAACCAUGGACAAAUGGACCCAAACCAACCCCAGGGCCGAGCACUCAAAAUUGGGCAGAGCCCCUGUGUUGGCGGGCCUGGAGGUGGUGGUAGUGGUGGUGGUGGUGGGACACUGACCAGAGGGGACCAGGGUGGGGUUAAUGGAGCGGUUUUAGGUCCAUCCAUUUCAGAACCGGACCUUACCAGUGUGAAGGAGAGGGUGAGGAAGGAGCCAGUCAAAGAGAGGCCGGUGUCAGAGAUGUUUUCCUUAGAAGACAGCAUAGUGGAGCGGGAAAUCGCUCAGAGGACGCUGGAAAGACAAAAGAUGUCUGUGGACUCUAUGAAGAGGCCGCUGAUGAUGGCCGCCCUAAAUGGCCUCUACGUGGCCCGAAUGCCUGUCUCCGAGAGUCCUGCGGAAGAAGGCGCCAAGGCUGCUACUGAUGAACGGUGUAAGACCUUGGAGUUGAAGCUGGAAGAGGAGCGGGUCUUCACUGAGUAUGAGCAGGUUCCCAAGAAGAGGGCAGACUGUGUUCUUACAACAGCAACUCUACCGGAAAACACAGAGCGCAACCGUUUCCGUGACGUAGUUCCGUACGAAGAGAAUCGGGUCGAGCUUGUACCAAACAAGGAGAACAACACGGGCUACAUCAAUGCCUCGCAUAUCAAGGUGAUGAUCAGAGGGGAGGAGUGGCACUACAUCGCCACCCAGGGCCCGCUAGCCAACACCUGUGCCGACUUCUGGCAGAUGGUUUGGGAGCAAGGGGUCAACGUCAUUGCCAUGGUUACUGCAGAGGAGGAGGGUGGCAGGUCCAAGAGCCACCGCUACUGGCCCAAACUGGGCUCCAAACACAACUCAGCCACUCACGGCAAGUUCAAGGUGACCACCAAAUUCCGCACCGACUCAGGCUGCUACGCCACCACGGGGUUAAAGGUCAAACACCUGCUGUCUGGCCAGGAGAGGACGGUCUGGCACCUGCAGUACACUGACUGGCCUGAGCAGGGCUGUCCCGAAUAUGUCCAGGGUUUCCUUGCCUAUCUAGAGGAGAUCCAGUCUGUGAGGAGACACACUAACUCCAUGCUGGACACCUCAAAGAGCCUCAAUCCACCUGUGGUGGUGCACUGUAGCGCCGGGGUGGGUCGCACCGGAGUGGUCAUCCUCACUGAGCUCAUGAUCAGCUGCCUGGAGCACAAUGAGCAAGUGGAGGUUCCCACCAUGUUGUCAGGGCUGAGGCAGCAGAGGAUGCUGAUGGUGCAGACCAUCUCCCAGUACAAAUUUGUCUACCAAGUCCUCAUCCAGUUCCUCAAGAACUCCCGCCUCAUCUGAGCCCGGGAUACUGACCUUUGACCUUACACGGCGUGGCAGAAUGGCACCAGAUAACGACAACGGUACUUCAGAUUAGCACGAGGACAGUACAACUGAUACAGUAUAACUGAUAGCUGGUUGGGAGCAGAUAGAGAUUCAUGUUUUCUAUAUGGCAUUGUCAUACAAACUCACCUCAAGGGAGGAUGGGAUUUGUGUAGGCCUGUAUAGAAACUGACAACCAAUUCUCCUAAUCUGUGUAUUCAUAUGUUAUUCUUGGACCUGGUCCGUCUGUAUGGAGACUGUAUGUUUGUGUGUUUUCUCAAUGCAGGUCAGGUGAAUAAGCAGCUUGUUUUUCCUUUUCAAACAGAUUGGUAUUGGCUUUUUUUUUUGGAACAUACAGCCAUACAACAAUACAAAAAAGUCUCAGUUUUUUUAAGUUUAAGAUGCUGCAUCACCUUCCUCAGCCACUAAGUCCAACUCUGUGGCUUCUUCCAGUGGAGAAGGACCAAUAUACAUGCUAACAAAGUUUGGUUCCAGAAAGGUUCUUAUUGGUCUCUCCUGCUGUGGCAAAAAUAUCAAUGAUAACAUCUGACUGAAUUACCAUUUUGAAAAUAUCUUACAGCGUUUUGAAGAUUUCACUCCAGUAAGUUGACCAAUUAAGACACUGUGAGAAUGAGUGUGCUAGAGAGGCAGAUGAGAGUCUGCAUCUGUCACAGGUAGAAUCUACAUCUGGGAACCUUUUAGUGAGUUUAACUUGAGCCAGUGCUGCACCUUGAAUUGAAUGAGGCCAUGCCGGACACAGAUUGAGGCCAUAUGCACCUCUUCCAGGGCGUUUCUCUACUGCUCCACUGUCACAGGCAUCCCCUAAAUCCUCUCCCCAAAUAAAAGAUAAAAUAAAAGUGUUUUAAGGGCUCAAAGGAAAACAGAGAUUCCAUAGGUGACUCAUUGGGCAAACCAGGAAAGGAAGGUGUGUUGGCUUUAAUAUAAUUACCAACCUGCAGCAAUCUGAAAAAGUGGGAUUGUGAUAAAUUACAUUUAUUUUGCAGUUUAUCUAUAAAAAGGGUCUUCAUGCCAUUCCAUUUCCUAAAACCUGAAAUAGUCAUCCAUGGUGGACGGGGAGAAGAGGUGACUGGGACAAACAGGGGCAAGCAGAGAGACAUCUAUAGUUUUUUUUUCCUAAUAGUGGACCAUAUUUUCAAGGACUGUGUUACAAUGGGGUUGUUCUUAGUUAGGCAGGUUAUAGUCAGGGAUGGCAGAUAACACAAAUUGUGUUCCAUUUGCUCAAAUGCGGCUGUAAAUUUCUCAUUUACUAUUCAGCCAUUAUUAAAAACGGCACUAUGCUGCAUGAACAGUAGGUGGCAGCAGUAUUAUUACUAUUUCCUGUACUCUGAAAGAGUUUGCCAAACAAAAGUAUUCUUUGAAUCACAGUUCUAAAAUGUUUCUUUUAUUUUUAACAGAGUAUUGAUUAAUACAGCAAAUAUUUACUUCAACAUUGUAACAAAUGUUUUUAUUUAUUUCUAUCAAGAUUGUGGUCACCUUUGCAUUGAACGGAGGAGCAUUGACAUGUCGUUCCUUCCUCUGUCAAUUUUUUUUUCUUUUUUGCUAUGUUUUACAAAAAUCUUUCCUUGUCAGUGUGAAAAUGAUUGCGCCCAUUUUCCUCCUGGAGUUUCCUCAUUUGAUACAUUGAGAUCCCUCCUUCACAUGCAACACACACACACACACACACACACACACACACACACACACACACACACACACACACACACACACACACACACACUACAUUUUCACGGUUUCUUGAAUCACAGCUUCUUGCGAUCAAAUGUGUCUCAUCACAUUUCUUACCUAAAAACAUUUCAAAAGCCUAAAAGGUGUUUGUCUAAUUCCUUGGAGAUGGUUUAUAAAUUAAGGUUUAUUGUUUGCAUAUGCAGUCAAUAGAGAACUGUGUCCUUAUACAGUAAAUAAUGUAUAUACUGUAACAUUGUGCCUUAUUGAAACAUGAAACUAGGAGAAGCCGCCUGGUAGACAUCCCUAGCCUUGUUUUAGGGUUCUGUAUGGGUUUAAUAAACUAAAUUAAUUUUUUUUUUUACCCCCAAAGAUGAAAUCUUUAACUCAGUAUUUAAUAGUUUUUGUUUUGUUAUAAGAACAACUUAAACAUUUCAAAUAGGUUUACCUUACUCUUUAUGUAAGGAUUUGGCAGUAGGAGAAUGCUGAGGUUUAUUUUUGAAGGAUCGUUUGUAAUAAUCUGAUCCAAACCCAACAGAACACUACGUUCCCACGUUCCUUGAUCCUGUUUAUAAAAUUACAUUCUGAAGAAUUUCCUUUUACACUUUACAUUAAAUAAACUUUUUUAUUUUUAUGAAUCGUAAUGCAAAGCCAGCCAUGUCCAAAGUAACUUUGUACAUAAUGGGCAUGUGAGAAAAAUUUUCUACAAAUGUUUUAUAUAGUUUCUCUUUUUGACUUGGUACCCUAAAAAUACCGCAACAUAAUAAACUAUGCAUGCGUUUUUAUAUUUCAAUGUAUAUAUUCUUAAGUAAGUAUAAGCUUUAUGCUCUCUUGACAUAUAAGUGUUUUGUUGCACUUCUGUUCUCUUUGUGACAGUAUUUUCUCACACGGCAUUCCACUGUUUGUUUAUAUUUAAUUUUUCCCCUUCAUUUUUUUUGGCAAAACUUCCAAAUACCUUUCAAAGUAUGUGUACAUAUGUUUUGUAUAUGCGUUUUCAGUACAUCAAGUCUUUUGUUUUUCUUUCCCCAGACAUGUAUGAAGCUGUCGUACUUGCUUAUUAUGCAAUAAAGCCUUAUUUUCUUUAA